CACAGUCUUCAAUUCCAUCAGAUCACAAUUCAACCCGUUUUCUUUUGGUCAUUCUUUCUUUUUGCUCAGUCUGCAACUCGAUUGUUCCCAUGGCUUCCCAAGAUCCCCACCAGCUUCACUUCAUUUUCAUUCCUUUCUUGGCCCCUGGCCACAUGAUCCCCGUGAUCGACAUGGCCCGCUUGUUCGCGAAGCGGGGUGUGAUAGCCACCGUCAUCACCACAACCCACAAUGCAUCUCGGUUUGCGACCAUAAUCGACCGAGCAACGGAAUCCGGUCUCCCACUUCGAAUUCUACAAGUCCGCUUUCCAUCCCAAGAAGUGGGAUUGCCUGAGGGAAUCGAGAAUAUCGAUUCUGUCGCGGCGGACUCGGCAAUGGUCAUUUUCGAUGCGCUCGAGUUGCUACAACAGCCAAUAGAACAUUAUCUUCAAGAACUCCAACCGCGCCCGAGCUGCAUAAUUUCAGACUCUUUGCUCCCUUGGACAUGCCAAACCGCUGAAAUGUUUCAGAUUCCGAGAAUCGUUUUCCACGGAAUGUGCUGCUUUUCUCUGUUGUGCAUGCGCAACGUGCACCAUUACAAAUCUCACGAGGACAUUGCCUCCGAGGUGCAACCCAUCGCCGUGCCGGGCUUGCCUCAUCAAAUUGAGAUCCCGAAAUUCCAGCUCCCAUUAGGCAUAGCUGACAAAUCAGAUUUUCAAGAAAUAAGUGAUAAAUUCCGAGCAGGUGAUUCAAAAUCUUACGGUGUGGUGGUGAACAGCUUCGCCGAAUCAGACAAUGAAUGCAUUGAGUACUACGGGAAGGAAAUGGGAAAAAAGGUGUGGACCGUCGGGCCAGUAUCUCUAUGUAACAAGGAGAUGUCAGAUAAGGCAGUGAGAGGGAAUAAGGCCUCCAUCAAUGAGCAUGAAUGCUUGAGUUGGCUCAAUUCAAGGAAACCCAAGUCGGUUGUUUAUGUUUGUUAUGGAAGCUUAGGCCGCUUUACCCCUUCACAGUGGAUACAAAUUGGGUUGGGCUUGGAAGCUUCAAAUCGACCCUUCGUUUGGGUGAUUAGAGACAUCGUGAAACUGGUGAAGAUAGAAGAAUGGCUUUCAAACGGAUUCGAGGAGAUGAUAAAGGAUAGGGGUCUUAUAAUCAGAGGGUGGGCCCCUCAGUUACUGAUAUUAUCGCACCCAGCAAUUGGAGGGUUCUUAACGCAUUGCGGUUGGAAUUCAACAUUGGAGGGCAUCUGUGCAGGUAUUCCCAUGUUAUCAUGGCCUCUCUUUGGAGAGCAGUUCUUGAACGAGAAGCUCAUCGUACAAUUUCUGAGGAUUGGAGUUGAUCUGGGCAUCUUCCGAGGUGUUGUUAAAUGGGAACCAGACGAGAACAACGAAGUUUUGGUGGAGAUGGAAGUAGUUAAGAAGGCUGUAGAGAGGUUGAUGGAUGAGGGACGCGAAGGAGAAGAAAGGAGAAAGAGAGCAAGAGAGCUGGGAGAGAAAGCAAGGUUGGCCAUGGAAGAGGGUGGCUCUUCAUACAUCAACAUGACGCAUUUGAUUGAAGAUAUCAUCAAUUAUGCAGAUAAGAACUCGCACACCUAAUGGAACAGCAUGGAAGCAAGUUCUCUUUAGAGAGCUGAAAUUACAUGUGUUAAGAAAAUUGAAAUUAUUCAAUCGUGUUUGUAAGGGUUCGUUUAGACUCAACUUUGAAUUGAACAAACUUCAGAUGCAGUUUAAACCAUUAUCAUUUAACUUAGAAAUUGUAAUUGAAAAGUUACAUUGUUUUGGUGGCGAAAUACC